AUGGCUACCGUGAAAAAGUCUGCAACCGUUCGGGCCCACCCUCCAGCAAUCAAGAUGGUGGUUGCCGCUAUCGUGGCACUGAAGGAGAAAAACGGUUCGUCCAGUCAAGCCAUCAGAAAGUACAUCAAGGACACAUUCCAAGUCGACAUGGACAGGCAGGCCGUUUUCAUCCGAAAAGCCCUCAAUACCGGUGUGCAGAAGGGAGUUCUUAUCCAGACCAAGGGCAAGGGAGCUUCCGGUUCAUUCAAAUUGGACCCAGCAAAGGACAAGGCCAAGGAACAGGCGGAGAAGGUCAAAGAACGAGCCAAGGCCAAGAAAGAGAAGGAUCAAGCAAAGAAAGCAGAGAUGAAAGCCAAGAAAGCAGAGAAAGCCGCAGCCAAGAAGGAGAAGGCCAAGAAAACCAAGAUAACCAAGAAGAAGACUCCAAAGAAAAUCGUCAAGAAGACACCCACCAAGAAAGUUGCAGCCAAGAAAACAGCAGCCAAGCCAUCAAAGAAAGUCGCCAAGCCCAGCAAAGCCGCAAAGAGUCCAAAGCCAAAGAAGGGAGUUCUUAUCCAGACCAAGGGCAAGGGAGCUUCCGGUUCAUUCAAAUUGGACCCAGCAAAGGACAAGGCCAAGGAACAGGCGGAGAAGGUCAAAGAACGAGCCAAGGCCAAGAAAGAGAAGGAUCAAGCAAAGAAAGCAGAGAUGAAAGCCAAGAAAGCAGAGAAAGCCGCAGCCAAGAAGGAGAAGGCCAAGAGAACCAAGAUAACCAAGAAGAAAACUCCAAAGAAAAUCGUCAAGAAGACACCCACCAAGAAAGUUGCAGCCAAGAAAACAGCAGCCAAGCCAUCAAAGAAAGUCGCCAAGCCCAGCAAAGCCGCAAAGAGUCCAAAGCCAAAGUGGUCGUUUCAGGCUUAG